AUGCCUCGUAAAGCUGCCACUGCCACCUCUGGAAAUGCUGCUCGCCAGUCUCCUGCACGUCGUAAUACCCGAGGACAAGUCAAAUCUGACAAGGACAAAGAUAACAAGAAGGGGGUUGGAAAAGAUGACAUUCAGGAAAGUACCAACAAGAAGUUUGCUAAGCGCAAGCAUACUUCCGAUAAUGAGGAUAACGAAGAUGUCGAUAAGGCUACUGAUCAAACUCCUCCACCGUCUAGUCCACCUGGUAUAUCUCCUCCUUCGACCCCUUCUCCUUCGAAGAAACUUAAAGGGUCUGGGAAGAGUACACUGGAAGGUGUGAUCAUCGAGUCCCCUUCCAAAUCACCUAGGAAGAAGCCGGUUCGCUUCGAGACUCCACCACCUUUGGAAGUGCAAGUCCCAAAGACACCAAGGUCUUCGGCAAAGAAACGUAACAUUGAAACUCCCUCAUCUGGUAAUCAUAAUAAACGUAUCAGCAAAUACUCCGUUGAUGCAAUGGAUGUAGACGAUGACAAUCCGUUUAUGUCCAAGGAUAUUAGCCAGCAAAAAGGGUAUACCAAAGGUUCUGCGAGUCAAUUAUCGAAUCAACAACUUCGGGAGAAACAAGCUGCCCUUGCACGUCUCAUAAAAGAAAUCGAAGCUCAGAUAGGGGAUACUGGAGAUCAAGGUCAAUCUGAAUCUUACAGUGAUGAAGAGAAUAAUAUGACUGUCGAUGGCUAUGAGAAGGAUGACUUUGUUGUUGACGAUGAGGCUGAAGAUGAGGAUGAUGCUGCAGAUGAGGAGGGUGCAGAGGAUGAGGAUGCUCAGGAGGAUAAUGGACAGCAGGAAGGUACACAUGGAGAGGAGGAGGAAGAGGAGGAGGAAGAAGAGCCUGAACAACCCAAGCGCCUAAAGACUUCCAAGGCCUCGUCUUCAAGAAUUGCUGACAAUGGCAAUGAUACAGAUCCCGGGGAACUUUCUUCUGACUCUAUUCAAAGGCGCAAGAAGAUUGCCCAAGGAAAGAAGAAGGCGGCAGACCCAGAGGUUGAAAAGGACGGUGCAGGUUCUAUUCAGGUUCAUGGGUUCCCAAAGAAGAGCGGUGUCAAUGUCAAGGAUACCAGGAAGUACAACAUGUCCAUUUGUAGUGUGACGAGCUGUACCCUGCAGCACAAACUUGUGCAGGCAAGCUUCAGAAAUGUUCCCCCGUAUCCAGAGGCUGGUGGUAUCACUGGUUCCACUUCAACAAUUGAUCUAGAUUUCUUGGAUGAUAGCUCUUUCACUGGGAUUCAGAUACCGGCACUGGUUCAGCUUCUCACAUUCACCCAGGCUGGACGAUUUCACAAUCCCGCAUAUGCCAAUCCCGAUGAUUUUUCCACCGCCUUUGGAGUAUCCACGAACCCGACCAUUCACAUUCCUGAUACUAUUAUUCCGUCGCUCUUCAUUUCCUUCGGAAUCGUACAUCAAUCCAAUACCAUCAAAGGUCGAGCGAUCGGUGCCAAUAGUACCAAGGGGUAUAAGGAUAUUCAGAUAUACCAUAUCAGUCAAUAUCACGAGAGGGCCAUUGCUUUCAUGUGCCGAACCCUUGGCGAAAGUGAACUGUCUCUUUAUACCUAUGAAGGAGCAGUUGGGUACAGUACAAUGUUUGGUGAACUUGGUGAGCAAUUAUAUUACCUGCUACUUGAAAUCAAAUUAACUUAUAGUCAACUUAUCCACAGCGUCACCGACUCGUCCCUCUCCGACCAAGAAGAAGAACAGUGCUGGCCCCUCCUCACCCUCCAAGCCCAGUCCCCUUGA